GGCAGCUGCGGCCGGGGCCGCGCAUCCAUCCAUCCAUCGCAUCCCCGAGAUCCAGCGGCCGGGCGGGCGGGGAGAGGCGGGCUCGGGCUGGGGCUGGGGCUGCCGCCGCCGCCUCCCCGCGCAGGGGCAGAGCCCGCGACGGGCGCACGGCGGGCGCUGCCCGGGCGCUCCAGGGAGGGGAGGCUCGUCCCCGCCACCGCCUCGCUGGACAUCGCGGCGACCAUCGUGGGAUGGGGCUCGGAGAGGCGCCCGGCGUCGCCUCCUCGCUCCCGGGCUGCGGGAGCCCCCAGGCAGCGCAGGGCAGUUGAAUCCCGCCCGCGGCGGAGAGAAGGAGCGGGACGCGAUUUUGUUGCUGCAUUCCCAGAAACGUCGCUUCCACCUGCCAGCGAGUUUGAGCAGCCGGCUGUGGAUUUUAUAUUUGCUUCUCCGCAAAGCGAGGUUAGCCGAGAGGCUUUGGCUUUUUGGGAAGGAGCCCUGCCCCGGCCCGCUGUGUGCGAUGGAUUGAGGCGUGCCCGGCUGCGCCCCCAGCCAGGUCCCCGCCCGCAGCCCACAUAGAUGCGAUGGAAAGUCGGGGGCUGUUCUGCACCCUUUGUUACCUGAUGUUCAACGCUCCUCUGCUGUUCAUUGUCACCGCUACCUUUACUGAAGUUCCCAAAGAUGUGACUGUUAGGGAGGGAGAUGAUAUUGAGAUGCCUUGUGCUUUCCGAGCCAGCGGAUCCACCUCUUACUCCUUGGAAAUCCAGUGGUGGUACCUUAAAGAGCCAGCCAGAGAACUUGCACACGAAUUAGCCAUCAGUGUCCCCGGCAGCAGGAGCAAGGUAGCAAAUAAGGAUGCAACUAAAAUCAGCACGGUCCGCGUCCAGGGCAAUGACAUCUCGCACCGGCUGCGCCUGUCGGGCGUGCGGCGGCAGGACGAGGGCGUCUACCAGUGCCGCGUGUCGGACUACAGCGACGACGAGACGCAGGAGCACAAGGCUCAGGCGCUGCUGCGCGUCCUGUCCCGCUUCGCCCCGCCCGACGUGCAGGCGGCCGAGGCCGUGUCGCACAUCCAGAGCGGGGCCGCCCCGCGCCGCCACGGCCCCGCCGCCCGCCCCACGGCCCCGCCCGGGCCCGCCAAGCGCCCGCCGCCGCCGCCGGCCCCCGCCCCGGGCGGCACCGCCACCAGCGCCACCGCCGCCGCCACCGCAUCGACGGCCGCCGCCGCCGCAGCCUCCUCGGCAUCGCCGCCGCCCGGGCAGGCCGCCAUCCUCCGCCAGCAGCACGGGUCAGGUACAGGACCUAUUUAUGCUACAGACCCACUCCUAUACAUGUCCCUGUUAAUACUGCAUAAGCUUGUACAUUUAUUAGUAAACCACUGACGGACUGCUCCCUCCACUCCUCCUCAGCCAAACAGAAAGGAACCUAUUUAAUAACAAACACAACCCCUGACAAAGAAAUCCCUACUGUUUUAAAGAUGGACAGAAAGAGACUGAAAGAAGCAUGAUAAAUUCUACAUGGGGGGAAAAACAUAUUUUUGGGGAUGCCACAAGAAAGUAAACCACAUAGAAUAAUGCAUCUAGUUUCCAGACUCGAUGGUGUAAAGCCCUGCUCUGUGCAUGGCACUUAUGAUUUCUCUGUUUUAAUGUAAUAUUUUUUUCUUUUCUAAACCUUCCCUCUGACUCUUCAUUUUGCACGAACUGUUGAGCAGUUAUCUUUAUGACAAUAUGUAAAGAUGUUGGGUCAAACCCUUCCUAAGAAAGGAAAUAUUUUUAGUAGAUUAUUGUGUUUAGGUUUUUUUGGAUUUCCUUUUUCUUUUUUAAUUAAAUUAUUUCUUUUGGAGACAUUAAAAAGGUACAUCUUACCAUAAUUAAUAUUCACUGUCAAUAAUAUUUAUUUUUAAAUGAAGAUUGGAAACAAGGUAAGACAUUUGUUUAUAAACUGUAUUGUAUAUUGCUGAAUAACAGUUGAAUAAAAAG